AUGGACGACGCUGCGCGGCCCGCGAGCGCUGCCGGCCGGGCGAAGGCCGAGCCGACGUCGCGGCCCACGAGCCCGGGCGGCGCGGUGCCCAAGCCCGUGGCACUGCAGUCGAAUGAGCAGUGGCUGAUGCGCGUGAACCGCGACGGCCUGCCGAUCUGCCGCGACCUGCACGGCCUCUUCACGACCGUGAUCAUCUCGCUGUGCGACCGCUGGCCCGACUGGCGGUACCCGCUCGCGUUCGUGAUGCCGGCGCUUGUGCAGCGCAUGCAGGCGCUGCAGUUCGUCCAGAUCGUGCGCGACUCGGCGAACGGCAUGCACAACAUGCUCUCGCUCAGCCAGACCAAAACAUCGUUCACCAUGAACAGCGAGACGGCGGCGCGGAUCUGCCAGGCCUUCAUUGACGCCGCCCUGCUGCAGCGCACGGAAAGCACGGAGGACCAGGUGUAUGCGCCGUCGCCCAAAGGCCUGCACCUGAUCGACCGCUUCGUGACACGCCAUGGCAUCGCGACCCGCAGCGUGAGCAACCUGCUCAACCUGCAUGAGCUGUGCGAUAAGCUGCUCUUCCUCGAGCGCGACGAGCAGGACGACGUGCUUCUCAGCGACGCCGUCGUCCGCAUCGUCUUCCACCGCAUGGUCGGCCUCUCGCCGCGGCGCACCGAGUCCAACGCCCUCGGCAUGGCCCUCCAGGCGACGCAUGCACGCGACAGCACGGGGCAGAUGUACGAGACGGCGCACUUUACCUCUGCCGAUGCACUCGCAUGGCUUGUGAACUAUACAACGCUCGUGUCGGUCGACGAGGCCAUCGUGCUCGCGGCGCAUAUGGUCCGCCUCGGCUGGCUCGAGCCGGAGACGGGCCUGCCGCCCACCCGCUCGAACCGCGUGGCCACGGUGCGCGUCGACGCGUCGCUGCGUGUCGACGGCGCCGAGUGCGAAGGCACGUUUGUCGAGGGCGAGACGUACCACAUCACCGAGCGCGGCGCUACCGUCGCGUGGAAGGUCGACUGGGUCGAGCAGCCGACGACCAUGUUCGCGGCCGAGCAGCGGCCCCCCACCGCCUUCUUCCAGGGCCACCCGACCAACGUCAUGCGCUCCGUGUCGCCACGCCUCGACGAGUUCGAGGGAUACGGCUCCUACGUCGACGCGAGCCCGCCCCCGGCCGCCUCGCCCGACCUCGCGCCGCCCUCCCGCGCUACCUCGACACGCAUCACGCCGGCCAGCCGCGCGAGCGCGCCGCGCGCCACACAGCCACAGACACAGCACGCGCCUGGGCCACCCAGCGACCCGCCCGCGGCCAACGCGUCGUAUACGCUGCACGACGUGCUGACCCAGGCGCCCCUGCGGCGCUCGUAUGCCUCGUUCUUGCAGCAGCGCGGCGAGGGCGCAUGGCUCCGGCUGUGGUGCCACAUCGAGUGGUUCCGCGCCGACUGCCGCCUCGCGACGACCGGCGCGCUCACCUCCGUGUCUGACGACGAUCCCACGAGCGCGCUGCCGUCGGAGGUCCCGCGCCCGACGCCCGACGCCCCGCCCACCGGCGUGGACGGGCCGCAGAUGCGCACGUCACUGCGUGGCCUCCUCGUCGAGAGCGCGCAUGUGCGCCUGGGGCCCUACGUGGACAGCGACACUACCGUGCUCGCCGACGACGUGCGUGCCUCGUUCACGGCGGCCUGGCGCCGCUUUGUGGAAGCGCCGCCCCUCGGCGACGGCGUGCCCAGUGCAGAGGCAUCGCGCAAGAGCGAGCAGACGCUUGCCAAGCUCCUCCUGCAGUGCUCUGCAGCGCAGAAGCACGCGAAAGCGCAGCUGCAGGGCCCCCUUCUCCGGCCCUUCCUCGAGGCCCUCGCGCGGGGGGACGUGUCGCCCUAG